GGAUUUCUUACCUAGAGGAUCUGGUAUUGUAACCAGACGACCACUUAUCUUACAAUUGAUUAACAGUACAACUGAAUAUGCUGAAUUUUUACAUUGUAAAGGUAAAAAGUUUGUGGAUUUUGAUGAAGUACGGAAGGAAAUCGAAGCAGAAACAGACAGAGUUACAGGCAGUAAUAAGGGUAUUUCUAACAUACCAAUAAAUUUAAGAGUAUAUUCACCUAAUGUUUUGAAUUUAACAUUAAUUGAUUUACCUGGCCUCACAAAAGUACCAAUUGGAGAUCAACCAGUAGAUAUAGAAGCUCAGAUUAAAGCUAUGAUAUUUCAGUUUAUCAAAAGAGAAAACUGUCUUAUAUUAGCGGUAACACCAGCAAAUACUGAUUUAGCAAAUAGUGAUGCUCUUAAACUUGCUAAAGAAGUAGAUCCUCAAGGUGUACGUACAAUUGGUGUUAUUACAAAGUUAGAUCUUAUGGAUGAUGGUACUGAUGCAAGAGAUAUUUUAGAAAACAAAUUAUUACCUUUGAGACGUGGAUAUAUAGGUGUUGUUAACAGGAGUCAAAAAGAUAUAGAAGGUCGAAAAGAUAUAAAAAAUGCUCUGGCAGCAGAAAGAAAAUUUUUCUUAAGCCAUCCAUCUUAUCGACAUCUAGCAGACAGAUUAGGAACACCAUAUUUACAACGUGUAUUAAAUCAACAAUUAACAAAUCAUAUCAGAGAUACUUUACCAGCAUUAAGAGAUAGAUUACAAAAACAAUUGCUUACAUUGGAAAAAGAUGUAGAACAAUAUAAACAUUUCAGACCUGAUGAUCCUGCCAUAAAAACUAAAGCUAUGUUACAGUAAGUAGUUUCUUAAUAUGUAUUAC